UCGUGCAAUCAAAACAAAGAUACGUCAACCAAAACAUCGAGAACGUCUCAUCAGUUGUGAUUUUAGUGCGUUUUGCUUAAAUUUUCACAAUGAUUGCCGGUGGUCACGGUGAUCCAAAUCCCAACAGCUCGUGGAUGGAUUCCCGAGGUCUAUGGCUGGCCUACAUUCUUGGCGUUACCAUCUUCCAUAUAGUAAUUCUGGCGGUGCCGUUUAUUGACGUUCCAUUUGCUUGGACUAUCACAAAUAUUACGCAUAAUUUGGCUCAUCUUUACUUUUUGCAUUCGAUUAAGGGCGCUCCGUGGAUGAGCAUAGAUACCGGAGAUUCUCGAAAAUACACGCACUGGGAACAAAUCAAUCAUGGUGAACAGUUUACAACGACGAAAAAGUUUCUCACAGCGGCUCCAAUAAUACUUUUUUUGCUAACUUGCCUGUAUACUCGGAACGACAUCGAUCACUUUAUUGGGAACCUUAUUUCAUUGGUUGUGGUUCUAAUACCUAAGCUACCGCAGUUCCACGGGGUACGACUGUUCGGAAUAAAUAAGUACUAAAUAAACACCUGACUGUUUACUACUGUGCAAAAUUCGGAUUCAGAUAGCAGCUAUUGCUGCAUAGGAUGUACGCAAAAUGCUACUAUGAUAUUUCUCGCAAUCAUAUUAGCUAAAAUGUGAAGCGUACAACGGUGAUCGUAAUUUUUGUGUAAUAUACAUUUUGAUAGCUGAAAGCGACUUGUGAAAUGAAACAUAAUACUGGGAGCGUAAGCAGUAUUCCUCAUGGAGUUACAAUGAACAAAUCUCAACAUGAUCUUUAACAAAAACAAUAAAUUAAUCCUUAAAAAUGUGGCAGCCCAACGUGCACGUGUUUAGGAGAACAGUUUGUGGAAAAUUUGCUAUCCAGAUUUUAACUAUGUACUCCUUAGUUUUCCAUUUUUAUUAGAAAAACAAUAUCAUCUCACUUGUACUAUAAUAUAGAUGAGUUCAAAAUAAAUCUCAGCUAUCCCCAGUCAUAACGUAUAGCCACAUGGAAAUGCUGCAAACAAUGAAGACUAUUAAUUCAUAAUACAUAAUAAAUGAAAGAAUGAAAUAACUCA